CAAUAAACAAAAAAACCAAAAAGAGACGACUUGCUAUGCGAAAUUUCUCACACCCUCUUCUAUUCUCUCUCUCUCUCUGUCUUCUAUUGCCUCAACUCAAGAAAGAGCCAUACCUCAGAUCCAAAUCCAAUUCAAUCCCUCCCAAACCCUAAUUAGAUUUCAACCCACCCAAAACUCUGAUUCCUAAAUCCCCAACUUUCGAAUCCCCAAUCAAUAUACACAUAUAGCCCAUACAUCACAUCACACUUUCCACUCCAUCUCUACAUGUAUUGCUAGAUUUUCUGGGGUUUUUCUUCUCAAUUGACAUGGACGGAAACAAAGACGAAGCUUUGAAAUGCUUCAAGAUCGGCCGCGAUGCUUUCGAAGCCGGCGAUCGAACCCGUGCCUUGAAAUUCAUCAGCAAAGCUCGUCGUCUCGAUCCUUCUCUUCCCAUCCACGAUCUCCUCUCCAAGAUCGAGGAAGAACCCACCAACGAAUCAUCACCAGCUUCAUCAAAGGUACCGGACAGUAACACCAACAGCAAUUCUGGUGCUGGGCGUAGGGUUUCGGCAUCUGGGUCUUCGUCAUCGUCUUCUUCGACGACCUCGGUGGCCUAUACGGAGGAACAGAUCUCAAUUGUGAGAGAGAUUAAGAGGAAAAAGGAUUACUAUGAGAUAUUGGGGUUAGAGAAGGGUUGUUCUGUUGAUGAUGUUCGCAAGGCCUAUCGAAAACUUUCAUUGAAGGUUCAUCCCGAUAAGAACACUGCUCCGGGUGCCGAGGAAGCCUUCAAGUCUGUUUCGAAGGCGUUUCAGUGUUUGAGUGAUGGGGAGAGUAGGAAAAGGUAUGAUCUUGUUGGAUCAGAAGAACCCGUGUAUGAAAGGAGGCGUCAGCGUCAGGGACAAGGGUUUCAUGGGCUUUAUGAGGCUGACAUUGAUGCUGAGGAGAUAUUUAGGAACUUCUUUGGUGGGAUGAAUCCCGCUAUGUCUGCGCAAUUCGGUACCUUUAGCUUUGGUCCAGGGAUGGGUGUGAGAAUGCACAACAAUGGGUCUCCUGGAUGGGUUAGGACUUUAAUUCAGUUGUUGCCUGUGCUUCUGAUUCUGUUCUUGAGCUUUAUGCCAUCAUCUGAUCCCAUAUAUGCGCUUUAUCGAUCAUAUCCUUAUGAACAUCGGUUUACUACUCAAAAGGAUGUUAAUUUUUAUGUUAAGUCGGCGAGGUUUGAGCAGGAUUACCCUCCUAAUAGCCCUGAACGCGUGAGGCUUGAAGGACAGGUGGAGAGAGAUUAUGUUUCGGUUCUUUCACAUAAUUGUCGGCUUGAGUUGCAGCGUUUCCAAUGGGGGAUAGUACGCGAAACACCGCAUUGUGACUCACUGAAGCAGUUUCAGAUGGUGACCUGAUGACUUGAUCCAAGGUCCACAUCGGGUGCUUAUGUUUCCUUUUCUACUUUUAUAUAUUUUUGUGACUGUUUCAAAUGCGGCAUUUUAUGUAUACUAUGGAAUAUUUGUUGACUAGUUGCAUACAUUCAUAAGUGCUUGUUGGAUAAACUUGAAUUUUGCAGAUGGAACUUACAGAUUUUGUUUGAAAAUAA